UUGCAAUGGAACGGCAAGAUAUACGUUGACUUUUCAAGGAGAAUGGUCUAGCUCGUCACAUCCAAAAGACUUUCCCCCGAAUCCACAUUUCUCACCUCCUGUUGGCUGUAGUCAUAAUGCUUCUUAUGUUAUGUGGAUACCCGGGAGAAACGCGUCUGAGGGAGUGGACGUGGUAGCAAGAACUGGUCGUACCCCUGCCUUAAACAACGAAAUGGACAUGGAGAUAGCAUUAAAGAACGUCCACAAGAAAUACCAGGGUGGCCCCGUCUCUCCUGGCACAGGUGAAGACGUCAUCCGUAACAUUGAAGUUACCUCAGAUUAUCCUCUUGUGUCCUUCAUUACCAUGAUAGCCCCCUCACCUGAUUGGUUCGUUGGUGUUCACGACUUCGACCUAUGCAACACAACAUCCGGGGAAUGGCUGGACUUGAGAGCACGUGAUCUCCCGCUAUACGAUGCGGGAACUGACAGUGGGCCCAAAUUUGUAAGUGAGGAUGUCAAAACUAUACCUCGAGAAACGAUUAGCCUCAUCACAAACAACACAGAAGGCUCCUUAAAAGGCGAUAAACCUCUGAAACGGUUCGGAACUUUCACCUUUGAAAAGACCUUUGAUUCUAACGCGGCGGUAAAGCCCUCUUCAUCUAACAUCCUUAAGCCAAGCACUGAGAGCCAAUAUCAGCCAAGCAAGAGCCAAUAUCAGUCAAGUAUGCCUGUGAAACGUUCACUGAAAAUAACACCAACGACUAGCGAGAUGAGAGGUUCUUCAACACAAGUACUGAACCAAACAGCAACGACUAUCCAAACCCCAACUCCGACACAGACGUGUGCAGCUUCUUCGUUUAAAGAGUUCAGCUUUAUCCACGCCGUUUUUGCUCUGAUAAUAGUAAACCUACUAUUGUAACUAUCCACCAUUUAGAAUCUUAACUAAUAUGCAUAGUGUUUAGACUAACGCCUGUAUUCAAAAAGCUUACGCGCACUGACGCAGAUCGAGUGUGACAGACUGAGAUAGUCCUUUCUUAAUCAAUGGAAAACUUUAAGUUAAGUAAAACAUUGCGAUCUCCGACUCAAUGAGUGUGAGCGAGGUUUUAAAAUACAGGCGAAAGAUUUAAACGAAUUUGUACUUGAAACAAAACAGACUUGCCGUAACUCAAUUGAAUUUUAGUCAUGCGAGUGCCAAAUUCACUUUGCAGUACGUCUGAGAGCUGUGAUUCGAUAAUCGUGCUUUUAGGGGCUUCUUGCAAAAUAUAAAAAAAAUGUUGUUAAUAAUAAGCACUAGAGUGAGAGAGCUGUUUUUCGAAGCCUGGAGUGCGAUAUGCACCAAAUACUGAGCUGUUUUUCGGGCUCUAGAAAUACUUGAUGGGUAUCAAAACUAUAAACUAUAUGAACCUAACAGUUAGUAAAGAUUAACCCUACUUCAAGGGAACUAAGCUCCACAGGCUAGGAAUCUAUUUGUCGACAACUAUUUCAUCGGACUUAUUUAGUCGUCGAUAACUUUUAGUUGACGAUCACAAAUAGUUGUCUACAACUAAAUCCCAAGUCUGUGGAGGCCCUAAGUUAACUAAACCAGCUUACCUAACAUCAAGCAAUUUUAGAGUAACUUUAGAGUAAAGUAUGACUAUCUGGUAGACAGCGGUAUCAAACUUUCGUACACUGCUAAAGCUUGCCAACAUGACAUGUGUUGCCAGGUUUUAACUUAUACUAGAGGUGCAACAAAGUUGAUAUUGAUAAUGGAAACUAAUGUAACAUUGUCUAAAUACAUAUGUGAAUCUAAUUUCGCCGAUAUAACUGCAUGCAAUUUGUAAUGAAGACUUGCCAUUAUCUCUGAAGGUAAUUUGCAGGAAUCG